GCUUUUUUUGUACUAUAUGGUACAGCUGCCCCUGGCCUCCCUCCCCCUCCAAUUCGGUAACUCUCGCUACGAACCACCACGAACUGACGGAACCACACACACCCACAUCAUCCGCAAGGCAGCCAGACACACGACACACAGACGACACACGACAGACGACACACUACAGACGACAGACGACAGUGCAAGGACGACAGCCACCGACACACUACAGCAGGGCAGCCACACAAAUGCCACAAAUGCACCUACACUCACGCAAAUGGCACUCGGCAGGUCAGCCACACACAUACAGACGCUCUCCUCUCCCUUCACAUGAAGGCAGCCAGCAUGGAAAAAGAAAAGAACACGGCUCCCUCCCUCCCCCUCUCCCUGUCUGUCUGGCAGCCGCCUCAGCAGAUGUGUGUGGGGGUGGUGCAGCUGCAGCUCGCCCACACCUUGGCCAUGGCGUCGCAGGCCAUCUGCAGCAUGGUGGGGCAGCUGCUGCUGGUGCUGCUGGCGGUGUGGGGCGGGCAUGGCGGGUUGGUGGGGCGGGCCUUGGCGAACUUGGAGAAAUGGGGGGUCCGGCCGAUCGUGGGCUCGUCCAUCGCUGGGGAAUACAGGAGGGUGCCCUGCAUGUAGAAGUCGAGCUCCUUGCGCAUCUUGGCGGCCUUGUGGACCAUCUCCUGCACACACAGACACACACACAUGGCCAUGUUUAUCUGGACGCAUCAUGAAGGCGCUCCCCUCGGUCCCUCCCUCCCUCCCUCCCUCCCACCUCGCCCACCUGCUUCUUGGCGCUACACACCUCACACAGGGCUCGGUCCCCCUUGCGGCAGUCCAGGAACUUGCCGCACGCGCCGCCCUUCUCCGCCGUGGUGCCCGUGCCGCCCGUGACCCCCCCGCUGCGGCUCUUGCUGCCCGUCGUGGCGGCGCCUUCGUUGGUGCGGCCCUUGGUGCGGCCGACAGCGGCGCUCGCCCUACGCAUCUUAUCAAGCAAGAAUUUCACCGACAUGGCUGCAAACUGAACGGGAACGAGUGCUCUCAAACGUCGC